AUUCUGUUUUGUUUUGUUGUGUAGACAACAGUAUCUGAGCAAAUCCACAAUGUUGCCAAAUACAUACACGGAAGGUUCCUUAAUACCUCUAACUUCAACUAGUUUGAAAUUAUAACCUAAAUGACCUGUUUCCUCUACAUAUGUCUUCACGUCCGUACAAAAAUAAACAAGAAAAAACACCUCAGGGUUGGUUCCUUCAUCGUACUUUCCUCAUCAUUCUCAGAUCUAUCAUUACUCUAAUCUAUACAUUACCUAUAUAUGGAGUCUCCCUAUAUACAAGUUCACUAAAUCUUAAUCACAAACCAAUCUAAAUUUCUCAUUAAAAAUCAUUAUUUUCCUUUGAAUUUCUUCACUUUUUCUUCUGAAUCAAGGAAAAACCCUUUCGAGGUCUCAAUUGAAUGGCACAAAUGGACUUGGAAGGCUUGAGAGAACUACAAGACUGCGCAAACUAUCUUCUCGAUCACUGUCCAGAAGCAAGAGAGUCUCUGUGUCAACAAGGGAAAGAGAAAUGGAUUGAGCAAGUGUCUGAAGCUUCAGUAACAAUGUUAGACGUUUGCAAUGUGUCCAAGGAUGUGAUGGCACUGGUGAGACAUAGCCUGCAAGAACUUCAACUAACACUACGCUGCAAUGAAUCAAACAUCAAUGAGAAGAUCGCAGCGUAUAAUCGGUAUAGGAAGAAGCUCAAGAAGGAAACACUCAAGUGCUUAAAUAGUCUAAAGGGUAUUAAAGGAGGAAGAGGGGCAACGGUGACGCCGAGUAUAGAGCAGAACCUUUUGUUUGUCGCAGAGGUUUUGAAAGAAGUGAGAAGAGCCAUUAUGACUAUGGUUGAGUCUCUGUUCUCGCUUGUGUGUAUUCCUUGGCUGGAAAGAAGACCGAGCAAAGGUUCAUUGUCCUCGAUCUUUACUAUGCGGUUUUGUUGCUUCGAUGAUGUGUGGGACGAAAUGGCGGUGCAGAGCGCGAGUACAAGGUUGGAAGCAGCACAGAUCGCUGUUGAAGAGCUUGAAAUCGAAUUGGGGUGUAUUUUCCGGCGACUGAUUCAGACAAGAGUUUCACUUCUUAAUAUUCUUACAGCUAAGAUGUCUCCUGUUUGAUACCGCUUUUGGCCGACAUAAACUACGUG